ACCUUACUUUCAGCUUUUCAAACUGUCCCUCCACUCAGUGUGACUGCAGAUAAAUUCAUGUCGAGUUUCUUGGGCAUGGGUAGCCAUUGGUCGAUGCGUCCUAGGAGAAACCUCCAGAAUGAGGAUAUUGUCGUUGUUAUUGACGGCUCAGGAUCAGUCGGAUCGUGCGAAUUUGAUAAAGGGAAAAAAGCACUUGUACACUUGAUGGGGAAAAUGGUAAGGCCCGACCGUGAUACCAGAUAUGCAGCUGUAACGUUUUCUUCCUAUUCCCAAGUAAACUUUAAGUUCACGCCACACUCUAUAGCGGCCAGCAGAAUUAUGAACAUUCCCUACCCAGGAGGAAGCACCAACACUCAGGCUGGACUGGCAGAAGCCAAGAGGCUGCUGUUUGAUGACCCAUCGUCAGGUAAAAUGUAAAUUAACAAUCGGUAAAAGACGAUACAAUGUAAAGUUCGUUUAUAAGGUCCCUUAAUUCCGGCCUCUGAGACCCUAAGAGCUCCUCUGUUUGGGCCGUCUCGUUUGAUUAAGGAUAGUUAGAAAAUAUUUAUGACUAACGGUCUGAUAAGUUUGAGUCUUACGGAACGACAAAAAAUGUUUUAAUGACCCCGUGAACUAAACGGGAUUUACCUUUAAAAUGUUCUUGUAGUCAACAGAGGAAAGAUGGGGGAAAUAAUUUUCCUCAUCUUGCCUUAGUAACCAAACAUAUGAGCCAUAACAAAUUUUUAGGCCUCUUUUUUUUUUCGUGAAGCAAAGCAAAAUCAAAGUAGCUGCAAACUUUAAUAUAGCCAACGAUUCAAAACCCGGCCUUUUUGAGCGCAGGACUGACCUGAUAAAAGUGUUGUCAUAUCCUUGGCACAUAGAGAAUUCUUCGUAUUCAAACCAACUCCAAAUUUAAGUUUCUUAUUCCAUAAACACUAGCCACCAACAUUCGCCAUAAUCUUUAAACAUUUGACCUUUAUCACUAAAUACUGCUUGAAAGACUUCCUUCAAGAAGCUUGAAAAAAACGAACAUGCAUUUUCCUAACUCUUAAUAUUCUUCCGUUAAUCAAAGGUCGUCGUGGAAGUUCAGAAAAGGUAGUUAUCCUCAUCACUGAUGGUCAGUCAAACGAACAACCUCACUUGACCAUACCCAACGCUCAGGAACUAAAGAAAAGACAAGUAAAGAUUUUAGUGGUUGCUGUGGGAUCUUACAUUAGCGGAAUAGACGAAAUGGUAAAGGUAGCCUCCGACCCGCCCACGGAUCACAUGUUUAGAGUUAAAUCGUUGGGUGAAUUUCAUGACAUCGUCAGGCUCAUUUUAGAUAAGGUCUUUCCUGGUAAAUGGAAAAUUUCUUCCGAUCCUCCGUGCGGAUAUGGAAAGUGA